AUGGGCAAGUCCAAUCUGGAACUUGUUUGUGAAUGUGAUAGCUUUCCCUACUACGUGGACAACCGUGCUGCUUACACGGAGAACCUCAAGAAGUAUCAUGCAUUCCGAGUCAACGGGUAUGAUGCUACAUUGGGUUAUAUCUUGAACUCAGUAGUUGAGAAGUGGCCCUGGCCAAAGGACCACUGGGUGAUUGACUCUGCAGCCCAGACAGUAACAUUGACUACGCCGGCUGAUGCGACCCCGGAAUACCGCAGUCAAGUGGUUGAUGAGAGUAUCUCUGAGGCUGUUAAGGUCAAUGCCUUUGAAGUUCUCAAGGGUUGGCGCAAUGAAAGAUACCCUGUCUAUGGCCCAGGAGGUGAGUUCCUCCUGGAUAUGGAACGGUGUGCCUCACCACUCUUCGGUAUCGUGAGCUACGGUGCCCAUAUGACUUGCUACGUGGAAGAUGCCACAGGUCUGAAGCUUUGGAUUCCUCGUCGAGCAAAGAACAAACAAACCUACCCAAGCAUGCUGGAUAAUACCGUUGCCGGUGGUAUGUGCACCAACGAGAAACCCUUUGAGUGUAUUGUUCGCGAAGGAGUGGAAGAGGCUUCCCUCCCCGAGUCAAUCUCUCGAGCGACCAUUGUUGCGCGAGGAUGUGUGACAUACAGCCAUAUUCGAGAUGCCCGAGCCGGUGGUGAAAUUGGUCUAAGUCAGCCCGAGGUGGAAUAUGUCUAUGACAUGAAGCUGGACCCAUCGCUUAUCCCGCAGCCUGGUGAUAACGAGGUCGAGGAGUUUAAACUGUUGACAGUGGAAGAAGUGCGAGAGGCAUUGGCACGUGGUGAAUUCAAGCCCAACUGUGCUGUUGUCAUCAUCGAUUUCUUUAUCAGACAUGGUCUUCUCACUGCUGAAAAUGAGCCGGAUUUCUUGGACAUCAUAUCUCGGCUGCAUCGUCGUCUAGAAUAUCCCCUUGCCUCGCAUUAG